UUCGUGAACUUUGCUUUUAGUAAUUACUGUUCGAGAUAUAUGUGCUUAUUUUGUAAUAUCUAAAAACUAAUUCAAUUAAUGUGCAGGCCAGUUAUUGGUGAUAUCAGUUGUGAUUAUUGAGUUAAAAUGGUUUUUAUUAGAAAUAGUUGUGUAACUGUUAUUUCUUGUAUAUUUCUAUGUUUCAUAUUAUCUUCAAAUAACUGCGUCCUAGGCAAUGAAAAUAAUGCUGAAAGUAUCACCAAGAUUGGGCAAGGAGUUGGUCAUAUAAUGAAUAUUUAUUAUUGUUAUUCAUGUGGAUAUAGAAAAGUAUUUGAUGAUUAUGCCGGUAUUAUACAACAAAAAUAUCCUGAAAUCUCCGUAAUUGGAGCUAACUAUGAUCCUCCAGGAUUAAACAUGUAUAUGUCGCGUCUAAUUGGCUUCGGAAAGAUGAUAGUAAUAAUGUGUAUACUAAGUGGAGUAAAUAUAUUUGCAUGGCUCAACAAACCACAACCAGGAUGGUGGAGCUGGUGCCUUGAAAAUAAGCUUUACGCUUGCAUGAUGAUGUUCUUCUUGGCCAACAUGAUUGAAGGUCAAUUGGUUUCAUCGGGAGCAUUUGAAAUAUCUCUCAACAACAUUCCACUGUGGUCUAAAUUGGAGACAGGAAGAAUUCCACAGCCACCAGAAUUAUUUCAAAUUAUUGACAAUACAUUGCAAUUUUCAAAAAUGGAAAUGCCAAAUAAUAAUUAUGGACAGUAAUAAUGGGAUACAAUGCCCAAGUGAUUUAUUUUCCUUUUUUGUAUUGGAUGUAAUUCCAGAAAAAUGUUCCAAACCACAAUCAUGUUGAAAUUGAGUUAAGAACACAAAACUGGUCACGUGAUUCACAUUAACGGACUGACUAAAAAAUGGCAGCCCUACUGGCAUUCUUUAAAUGACAUCAUGACUAGUAGCCCAACCCACAAGUAGGGAAUACACUAUUACUUAUUAAACUUAUGAAUUCGUUAAAAUGUGAUGUUUGUGGCUUGAAACGUUUUUCAGUAACUAUUUCCUAUUGUAUUAGCAAUAAUGUAAGUUGAUUACCAGUUAGUGUGAUAUAAUAAUUGUAAAAUUUAUUUCUGUGCUGAUAGUGUUUGCUAUUGCAAAAUAAAAUCUUCUGUUAUUCAGACUAUCUUAUCAUAUGAUUCAAACUUCUCCUGAUAAACUAUGUUAGAUUACAUGUUUCAAUUGUUGAAAUAGAUCUAGUCAGGUGAUGUGUAAUGUUUGCAAUAACUGGUGGUUAAAUAAAACUAUUUUCGAGCAUUUUUUUUUUCA